AGAAGAUUGCGGCGUGACACGCGUGUGCAGUGACAGAUCUGUUGCGGCAGCCUCCUCUCGCUUCACACGGAACCGGCCAAACUGUGCUUUAUUUAAUCUCAGUAAAAUGUCGUGGCUGUUCGGCCUUAACAAGGGGCAGCCUGAAGCGCCUUCCGGCCUCCCGGUUCAGCCUCCACCACCACCGCCGCCGGCCGGAGGCUCCAGCGGCGGCGGAGAUAAACCCAAGGACAAAUGGAGCAACUUUGAUCCCACUGGGCUGGAGCGGGCUGCUCAGGCGGCCAAGGAGCUCGACAAGUCCCGACAUGCCAAAGAAGCUCUGGAUUUGGCUCGCAUGCAGGAGCAGAGCACUCAGAUGGAGCACCAGAGCAAAAUAAAGGAGUACGAAGCAGCAGUUGAGCAGCUAAAAGGCGACCAGAUCCGAGUCCAAGCUGAGGAGAGGAGGAAAACUCUGAAUGAGGAGACCAAGCAGCAUCAAGCGAGAGCUCAGUACCAAGAUAAGCUGGCUCGGCAGCGGUAUGAGGACCAACUAAGGCAACAGCAAGCCCUGAAUGAGGAGAACCUCCGCAAACAGGAGGAGUCUGUACAAAAACAGGAGGCCAUGAGGAAAGCCACGAUAGAGCAUGAGAUGGAGCUGAGGCACAAAAACGAGCUACUGCGCAUAGAGGCCGAAUCUAAAGCUCGAGGCCGUGUGGAGAGAGAGAACGCCGAUAUAAUCCGCGAGCAAAUCCGACUGAAGGCUGCAGAACACAGACAGACUGUCCUGGAGUCCAUAAAGACUGCAGGUGCUGUGUUUGGAGAAGGAUUCAGGGCCUUUGUGUCAGACUGGGACAAAGUCACAGCCACGGUGGCAGGACUGACCCUUUUAGCUGUGGGAGUCUAUUCAGCCCGAAACGCAACAGCGGUGGCCGGACGUUACAUCGAGGCGAGGCUCGGGAAGCCGUCGCUGGUGCGAGAGACGUCCCGAUUCACUGUGGGAGAGGCAAUCAAGCAUCCAGUCAAGACAGCUAAACGACUGAAGAGCAAACCUCAGGAUGCACUUGAGGGAGUCGUGCUCAACCCUUCCCUUGAAGAACGUGUGCGUGACAUCGCCAUAGCAACAAGAAACACAAGACAGAAUAACGGCCUCUACAGGAACAUCCUAAUGUACGGCCCACCAGGCACGGGCAAAACACUGUUUGCCAAGAAGCUGGCAAUGCAUUCUGGCAUGGACUAUGCAAUUAUGACCGGUGGUGAUGUAGCACCCAUGGGUCGUGAUGGUGUGACCGCCAUGCAUAAAGUUUUUGACUGGGCCGGCACAAGUCGACGAGGGCUGCUGCUCUUUGUUGAUGAAGCUGAUGCCUUCCUUCGCAAGAGAUCCACUGAGAAGAUCAGUGAAGACCUCAGAGCCACUUUGAAUGCGUUCUUGUAUCGCACUGGAGAACAGAGCAACAAAUUCAUGCUGGUGUUGGCCAGUAACCAACCAGAGCAGUUUGACUGGGCCAUAAACGACCGUAUAGAUGAAAUAGUGAAUUUUGCUCUGCCGGGUCCUGAGGAGAGGGAGAGGCUGGUGCGGUUGUACUUUGACAGAUAUGUGCUGGAGCCCGCCACUGGAGGGAGGCAGAGGAUGAAGCUGGCACAGUUUGACUACGGUAAAAAGUGCUCUGAGAUAGCAAAGAGGACAGAGGGCAUGUCGGGAAGAGAGAUCUCCAAGCUGGGUGUGGCCUGGCAGGCAGCAGCAUAUUCCUCUGAAGAUGGUGUCCUGACAGAGGCUAUGAUUGACGCUCGGGUUGACGACGCUGUCAAGCAACACCUUCAGAAGAUGGACUGGCUGCGUGGAGAUGAGGAGGCUCAGACCCUUACCCCUCCUGCAGCUGGGGUGGCAGGCAGUGGAGGCAAAAUGGGCUUCAAUCUGCCUCUCAGUGAAGCACCCGAGGCUCAGGAGGUGAUCGCUCCAGUCCUUGAGGUAAAUGCAAAGCAAGAAGGUGACAAUAUACCACCUCCUUCUGAUAUCGACCAAUCGGCAGAGGGCAAAAAUGCCGUUGGGCAGGACUGUGAAGAUGCUGUCAAAGCAGAAGCUACAACAGCAGCGGAGAGUUUAGCCCCGCCUGCUACCUCCACUGACAGUGAGAGCAAGGUGGAAAAGGAAGACAAGACUGGAUCCUCUCCUCCAAAGGAUGGAACUCCAGUUUGAAUCCAAGAUUUUUUUCCAGCAGGGUGCCGGAUUUGAAAGAUUAGUGUCCUGCCCCUUUAACUAUUCUGUCAGUUAAUGUCCAUAAACCUGUUGGACUGUCUUUUAUGACAGAAGAUGAGUUCACAUGGUUGGGGGAGAUAAUCCAUUAACAAAACAAUGCCGGAGACUUUCAUUCUAAUAUAUAAUGUAUACAUUGUAAAAGUGUACUUUACAUGGGAAUCAGAUUCUGUGUCUGUAAUAACAGUAUAUAAAUGUUGUGCACAGUGGAGCGUCUCUGUUGAAAUGAUUAAAUGGGUCUGUGUUUUUAUAAACACUAAAGGUUCUGAUGGUUCUUGGAAACUGGUUGGGGUACAGUUGUUACAUGGAAAUACACAAUCAACAAUGUAGCUUGUGGUACAAAUUGAAGUUAAAAUUUCUCUCAGAAAGCUACAUUGUCAAAUCAACAGUCAGUGGUUUGGUAUCUGUUGGUCUAGCCCUACCAGGCCCUUUUUAAAAUGCUGAUGUAGUAUUUAGAGAUUGCAGUCUUAUCAAUGAUGUUGUCAAGCAGUAUAUGUUGUUUUGCAAGGCAGACAUGUUUUGUGUUGCUUUACCCUAACAGCAGAGGUGCAUGCAGGAAUUUCAAUAUUUCACACUAAUAGCUAAUGGAUUGAGGGAGCUGCGUCUGCGUCUGCAAAGUCAAGGGCAUGGAACUGCCCUUGGUUUGGAAUAGGCUUCAUGAUAAAACUCCCUGUCAGACAUUAAAGGAUGCCUCCGUGUA